AUGAGUUUAGAUUGGUGGGGUAUUCCAUCUAAUACGGAGAGCAAGUAUAGAAGCACGGGUUUAUCGCCAUCAUGGGCCGAAUCUCCCACACCGUCAAAUAACACGUAUACGAGAAAGGGUUCAGCAACCGAUAUGUACGGAACACCACAACCAGUUGCUUCAGAGCAAAGCUAUCGGUCUACUGGAGUACCAUCAUUUCUUGAUCCAAACUACAAUGGUCAAACAAAAAAGGCGUUUUAUGCCAAAAUUGUCAAGGAUGCCAGCAAUAGUGAAUCCUCGGGAAAUGAUGACAGUUCUGAACAUGACGGUAGCUCAGUUGAAGAUGUUAUAAGCUCAAUUGAAGAUGUUACAAGCUUAGUUGAAGAUGGUACAAGUUCAAGUUCAAGCAAGGAUGGAUCGGAAUAUGAAUCAACAAGGGAGGUUGUUGAUUCUGAGGCAAAUGAGUCACUAUCUGAGAGCGAAUCCAGUCAGGUAUGUGUCGAUGAACCAAGUUCUGAUAGGUAUGAUAGUUGUGUUGAGUUAAAUGCCAAAUCGUCGGAUUUGCAAAGCAAAUAUGACGAUUUGCAAAGCAAGUAUGACGUGACAUUUAUCCACAAUCAAAGUUUGAUCGUGGAUCUUUCGAAAUGCAAAAAGGCUAACAUGUUUUAUGAAAACCAUGAAAAAGAGUUUAAAACGAUGAUUGACAAUUUGAGAAAAGAUAAACCGAGCUAA